UGGCGCCGAGUCGCCUACACACUCAAGACCUUUCGUUGGACAUCUCAGCUCUGUGUUGUGGUGUUUUCACCCUUUCAUGUUCGUCUUUGGAAAGAUUCAAAAGAGCGUAAGCAGCCCAGCGUGGACUUCAAGAUUCAGGUUUCAGAGACAACCAUUAUUCUUUUGCGGCUUUUGAUUCUAUCUUUGUGCUCGAUUAUUGUGGGGGUACGAGGGAGAUAUAAACCAGCUCACCCUUCCAAUUUUCAUUGCUUCUUUCUCUGUCUGUCAGUGUACCUCUUUCUUUAUUCUGGGACUUCUUAUCUUGAUCUAUGCUGCAUCGACCUGGCCUUCAAGUUUCCCCUUCAUGUGGCAGUGGUUUUAAAAGCUCUCCAUUUGUUCGUGUGUAACUUUGACUCAUCGGGUAGAGGUUUUGGGUUCUUUUAGAGCUGAGACAUUGAAAGCUUGUUGGUGGUGCAUUAUACAGUAAUGACUUGUUUCUCUUUCUUGUUUAGAAGGAAGAAAACUUCUUCAGAUAGCGUACCUGUUGAAGCUGUUGAAGAGUUUUCAGGCAUCCAGAAUGUUAAACAUUACACAUACAGAGAAUUAAAGAAUGCUACCGAAGAUUUUAGUCCAGAAAAUAAAAUAGGGGAAGGUGGUUUUGGUUGUGUCUACAAGGGAAGGCUUAGAGACGGCAAGGUUGUUGCUAUCAAAGUACUUUCAGCUGAAUCAAGGCAAGGAGUCCGGGAGUUCCUGACAGAGAUAAAAGUGAUAUCAGAUAUAGAGCAUGAAAACCUAGUCAAGCUGCAUGGUUGUUGCGCAGAAGGAAACCAUAGAAUUUUGGUUUAUGGGUACCUUGAGAAUAAUAGUCUUGCACGGACUCUUCUUGGAGGCGGCCACAGUAGCAUCCAGUUUGAUUGGAGAACACGUUAUAAAAUUUGUAUUGGUGUUGCACGUGGGCUAGCAUUCCUUCAUGAGGAAGUCCGGCCUCAUAUUGUUCAUAGAGAUAUCAAAGCAAGCAAUAUCCUCCUUGAUAGAGACCUUAAUCCCAAAAUUUCAGACUUUGGUCUGGCAAAGCUUAUUCCAUCCCACAUGACACAUGUCAGCACUCGUGUUGCCGGAACAAUAGGUUAUUUGGCACCUGAAUACGCAAUACGGGGACAACUGACACGUAAAGCAGAUAUUUAUAGCUUUGGAGUUCUCCUCCUGGAAAUAGUUAGUGGUAGAUGUAACACUAACUCACGGUUGCCUGUUGAAGAACAAUAUCUUCUUGAAAGGACAACACAUGUGGGGAUUCUCCUCUUGCAGACGUGGGGGCUGCAUGAGCAAGGGGAGCUUGUGGCAUUGGUUGACACAGCAAUGGAUGGGAUUUUUGAUGUUGAGGAAGCAGUCAGGACCUUGAAGAUUGGCUUGCUGUGCACCCAGGAUGCACCUAAGCUCCGGCCAUCAAUGUCAACUGUGGUCAAGAUGUUAACAGGUGAGGUGAAUGUGAAUGACAUGAAGAUAAUGAAGCCAGGUCUUAUCUCUGAUUUCAUGGAUCUCAAAGUGAAAAAAGGUCAGAAUGAGAAGACUGAUACGAAGAUUACAUCUUACAUGGGAUCCUCUGGAUCAGACAAGGUUGAUUAUUCAUUCCCCUCUUCAGGAAACACCACUUCCACUUACAACCCCACAUAUAGCACCAUGACCUUCAAUUCCACAUAUGAAAGAAGCAAUUGAUCAGAGAGGUCAUCUGUGUGAAUAAUGUUACAAUUUUUUUCAUUUCCUGUUGAUUUUUCAGGUUUCUUACCACUUAUAAAUUUUGUAUAACCCCAUUAAUUUUUUUUUUUUUCAUGUUAACUUGCUUUCAGUGAUCCUUGUAGCAAAGUAAGCUUGUAAAUAAGGAUGGUGAGAUAUGUCAAAUAUUUUUAACUUCA